UUAGUGUCUUUUGACAAAUACAUUUCUGGUUGUGUGUUGGCAACCAAAAUUUAAUACAAGAUGCGAUUAUCGUGGUCAUUAUUGGCGUUGCUAGGGAUUUUAUUCGUAGGACCAGUACUAACGAAUCCAGUUGCAGUACGCGAUAAACGUGGAUUAGAUUCCUAUGGACCGCCGCCAGAACACCAUGAUGACCAUCACCAACCUGAAGGUGUUUGGAAAAAGAAAUUGGUUUGGAAAGAUGAAUGGGUCAAAGUAUGGAAGCCUUCCAAGAAACUAAUCUGGAAACCUGAUUGGAAAAAGAUUCAAGUUCCAGUUUGGAAAGAAAUUCAAGUACCAAUAUGGAAAGAACAUAAAGUACCAGAAUGGAAACAAAUACAGAAACCAAUUUGGAAAGAAGUGCAAGUUCCAGCAUGGAAAGAAAUUCAAGUGCCUGCAUGGAAAAAAGUUUGGAAACCUGUAUGGAAAGAAAUACAAGUGCCAGCUUGGAAAGAAGUGCAGGUACCAGAUUGGAAAAAGAGUUAUGUACCAGAAUGGGUAAAGGUUGGAGUUCCUGGACCACAUCAUCUUGGAAAAGAUGAUCAUGGCUACGAAGUAGUAGCACAUGAUAUUUGGAAGAAGAAAUUAAUAUGGAAACCAGUAUGGAAGAAAAUCUGGCGUACAGAAAAGAAACAAUAUUGGGUCACUGACAAAAAACUCGAAUGGAAAGAAGAAUGGAAACAAAUUUGGAAACCAGCCAAAAAACAAAUUUGGAUCACUAAAAAAGAACAAGCAUGGAAAACAGAAGAAAUUCAAGUAUGGAAGACAGUUAAAAAACAAGAAUGGGUAACGGACAAGAAAUUAAUAUGGAAAGAUGAAUGGAAACAGAUUUGGGUGCCAGUAUGGAAAGAAACACAAGUAGAAGAAUGGAAGAAAGUAUCAAAACCAGUGUGGGAAAAUGUCUGGGUACCAAUUGAACAUCAUCAUCACCAUGAAGAACCCUCACACGGAUGGGAUUGAAAGAUUUAAAUAACUCAUCAGCUGUAUAUACAAAAAUUUUUAGUUAAUAUUGUUCUCAUAUUGAGGAAACUUCUUAAUGUUAAUUUCUAAUUAACAUUUCAGAAAAUGCUUUUGUAAAUAUUUUUUCCAGAUUCUUAAUCUUCUUUCCAGUACAAAUUCAAAAGAAAAAAUUAAUAAAUAACGGGUACCUAAUUAUAAAAUCUAGAAUGAAGUUCAAGGAGAUAUUUUAAGAUAUCUAUCAAGGUUUAUUGUGAGUUUGCAUACUUUUUAUUUGUUUAUA